AUGGCAGUUCAUCCUAUUUCACAAACCGCGGCACAUUUUUUGCACCGAUCGAAAAAGUUGGUGUCUAAACUAAACAAGAGAUACACUUUCGGAAGUAGCAACAGCGGUAGCGGUAGCGGUAGUAAUAGCACUAACAAAACUUGUCAUCAAGAUCAAGACGUUCAGUACCUUUAUAGGCAGGGUGAAACAUAUUUGUUUGGACGUGCUGGGGAACCUAAAGAUGAAAAGAAAGCUUUCGAAUUUUUCCAACGUGCUGCCUCGUUAAAGCAUCCGGAAUCUCAAGGGGUAUUGGCAUUCUGUUAUGAAUUUGGUUUGGGAAUUGAAAAGGACUUUAAACAAGCCGAAUUAAAUUAUAUCCCUGCUGCCCAACAUGGCAAUGGUUUGGCACAAGCUAGGCUUGCAUUUUUAAGAAAAUAUGGACGUCCUACGGUCCAUAUCAACCGUGCAGAAGCAGAAAUGUGGCAACAAAAAGUUAAAGACCAAGGAAAGACAGCCAUUGCUUGGCUAUUUUACGCAGCAUGUAAAGAAAAUCAUCCCGCUGCCCAGUAUUCAUUAGGAGUAUGUUAUCAUGAUGGAGUGGGUGUAGAAAAAAACGAGUCAGAAGCUUUUAAAUGGUACAAAAAGUCAGCAGAACAAGGUCACCCACGUGGUCAAGGAAUUUUAGGAUUUUGUUAUGGUGAAGGGUUUGGAGUACAGAAAGAUGAGGUUGAAGCAAUGAAAUGGUAUAGAAAGGCAGCAGAACAAGGCGAAUCUGUUGCGAUUUACAAUGUUGGAUACUGUUACGAAGACGGAAUCGGAGUGGAAAAGGAUGUAGUCAAAGCUGUUAAAUGGUAUCGUUUAUCUGCUGAACAGGGAAAUGCUUUUGCCCAAAAUUCUUUGGGUUAUUGUUACGAAGAUGGAAUCGGUGUCGAUCAAGAUCCCGUAGAAGCUGCCAAAUGGUAUCGUAAAUCGGCAGAACAAGGUUAUCCAUGGGCAGAAUGUAAUCUCGGGUAUUGUUACCAGAAUGGUAUUGGUGUUCCCAAGGAUGACGUUGAGGGCGCCUUUUGGUACAAAAAAGCAGCCCUUCAGGGACAUGCCCGUGCCCAACAUAAUCUUGGUUUCUGUUAUCAAAAUGGGAUUGGUGUACCAAAAGAUGAAACUGAAGCAGUAAAUUGGUACACAAAAUCAGCUGAACGUGGCAACAUUUUUGCUUAUCAUUCGCUUGGAUAUUGUUAUCAAAAUGGUAUCGGUGUUGCUGUUAAUGAAAGUGAUGCAGUAUAUUGGUACUUUUUAUCUGCUGAAGAAAGUCAUGCACCGGCUCAAUUAAGUCUUGGAUAUUGUUUCCGUAAUGGAAUUGGAGUAGAAAAAGACGAACAAGAGGCUGUCAAAUGGUUUACAUAUGCUGCACAACAAGGUAAUGCAUUGGCUCAAAAUUCUUUAGGGUAUUGCUAUGAAGAGGGUCUAGGCGUUGAGAAGGAUGAAAAGAAAGCCGUGUAUUGGUAUCAACUUUCUGCCAACGCGCAGAACCCAUGGGCACAAUGUAAUUUGGGAUUCUGUUAUGCAAACGGUAUCGGAGUAGAAAAGGAUGAGGUUAAGGCGGUUUGUUGGUAUCGUGCAGCAGCUGCACAAAAUCACGCAAGAGCUCAAGAUAAGCUUGGGGUGUGUCUUCAAUUAGGCAUCGGAUGUGAAAAAGAUGAAGAAACUGCAUUUCAAAACUUCCUAAAGGCUGCUGAACAAGAUCACCUUACAGCCAUGUAUCAUCUUGCUAAUGCUCUUGAGAAAGGAAUCGGUUGUGAUGCUAAUCUUGAAGGGGCAACACAUUGGUUUGAAAGAGCAGCAAGCUCAGGUUGUAGAACGAGUUGUGAAAGGUUGAAGAGAUUAUUAGUUAAAGAAUGUUUAGGUCAGGAAGCAAAUGGGAAUAUUUAUUUAUCUGGAUAUUAUGCUGCCGCUGCCUAA